UAUAAAUUAAUUAAAAUGAAUGAGGGAGUUGGUGUACAUGAAGUACAAGAACGGCAGUACGGUGGAUAUGGACAUGGAAGUGGAUACGGGAUUGGACCCCUGGAGGAAUGUUGUGAAAAGAAAGUUGAUCCUAUAAUCUUACUUGGAGUUAUUGCAGCUUUGGCGGGUCUAACCUUCUUUCUUCGUCAGCAGGUGUUGACAAGUAUUCCAAUAGGAAGAAAACUGGAAGAAAGUUUCAGCCUGUCUUAUCUUUUACAAACAAUUAGCGCCAGUCAAAAGUACGAAGAAAAAGAUGUUUCAGAAUCAUUCGUUGACCCGAAAGUAGAGGUUGCCUCAGAAGCUUUGAGAAUAUUAAAAAAUUUUGAGAUUAAAAGUUGUAAACUCAACUUUAGUUUAUGUCUCUCUGAUGCUCUAAUACUUUCAAUAAAGGAUGUCCCCUGGAAUGACAAGUAUAUACUCCAUGAACUGGUUCAGGGUUCAGCUGAAUACCUUACCCAGGGUUCGAUUCACAGCACCUGGACAAAUAUCAGAAAAAUCGAACAUAUCAAGCUUACAGAGAAAUGUAUUAGUGAUUAUAACCUUUGCUCAAGUAAGCAAGAAGAUAUACAAUUCCAACAUUAACAGUGACCAUGGGACUUAAAGAGGGUGAUUAUGCAGGUUUAAUAUGAUUUCCAAGUACAUAUUUAACUGGGACGGAGCACCUCCCAAGAAGGUUAAGUUCCCUCCUGGAGAGAUCCCUGACAGCUGACAGUGACCUUAUAAUAUUAUAAACAUUAAUUGAAGGACAAAAAAAGUUUUCAAAAAUCAAACUA